CGCAGGCCCGGCCGCCGGAAGACCCGCCGCUCGCGUCAUGUCAAAGAAAAAAGGACUGAGUGCAGAGGAGAAGAGAGCCCGUAUGAUGGAAAUAUUUUUUGAGACGAAAGAUGUGUUCCAACUAAAAGACAUGGAGAAGAUUGCUCCCAAAGAGAAAGGCAUUACCGCUAUGUCAGUGAAAGAAGUCCUUCAAAGCUUAGUUGAUGAUGGUAUGGUUGACUGUGAGAGGAUUGGAACAUCUAAUUAUUACUGGGCUUUUCCAAGUAAAGCUCUUCAUGCGAGAAAACGCAAGUUGGAGGUUCUAGAAUCUCAGUUAUCUGAGGGAAACCAAAAGCACACAAAUCUACAGAAAAGCAUUGAGAAAGCUAAAAUUGGCCGACAUGAAACAGAAGAGCGAACCAUGCUAGCAAAAGAGCUUUCUUCACUUCGAGACCAAAGGGAACAGCUAAAGGCAGAAGUAGAAAAAUACAAAGAAUGUGACCCACAAGUUGUGGAAGAAAUACGUCAAGCAAAUAAAGUAGCCAAAGAAGCUGCUAACAGAUGGACUGGUUUGAAGUCCAUUCCUUCAAGUUUCCUGCAUUGUUGCAUCUGUUCUCUCAUUUCCCGGCAAGCUUUCUGUGCUCUUGGAGCCUGUUCUGGAAGCUGUACACAUAAUACUUGAUCUUUUCUCUUUAACAUACAUAACACUUUGGAAUUAUUUAGUAAUAAGUUGAUUUUUCUCUCUCUCGUGUCAGCUUGAAGGCCUAGACUCUCUACCUAAUAGAGUACCUGUAACACGCUUUAUCCCUGUCUUACACCAUUCAUGAACGAUUUCUCUGUAGUGGGUGAUGCUGUUUGUUAGCAUUUUAUCCACAGUAGAACUUUCAAAAUUGGGAGUCUGUUCUCAAACCCUGCCCCUGCUUUAUCAAUUAAGUUUAUCUAACAUUGUAAAUUCUUUAUUAGUCAUUUCAACUAUAUUCACAGCAUCUUCACCAGAAGUAGAUUCCAUCUCAAGAAAUCACUUUCUUUGCUCAUCCAUGAGAAGCAACUCCUCAUCCCUUCAGAUUUUACCAUGAGAUUGUAGCAUUUCAGUCCCAUUCAGGCUCCACCUUGAAUUCUAGUUCUCUCGCUAUUCCCACCACAUCUGCAGUUACUUGCUCCACUGAAGUCUUGAACUCCUCAAAGUCAUCCUUGAGAGUUGGAACCAACUUCUACCAAACUUGUUAAUGUUGAUAUUCAGACAUCUUCCCAUAAAUCAUGAAUGUUCCUAAUAGCAUCUAGAAUGGUGAAUCCUUUCCAGAAAGUUUUUAAUUUACUUUGCUCACAUUCAUCAGAGGAAUCACUUAUUAUCCAUGGCAACUAUAGAUUUAUGCAGUGUAUUUCUUAAAUAAGAUUUGAAAGUCAAAAGUACUCCUUGAUCCAUGGGCCACAAUGGAUGUUGUGUUAGAACACAGGCAGAGUAGAUUUAACAGAGUCCUUAAGGACUCUAGGAUUUUCAGAAUGGUAAAUGAGCACUGGUUUCAAGUGAAAGUCACCAGGGGCAUUAGCCCCUAACAAGAAAGUCAGCCUGUUCUUUGAAGCCAGGCGCUGACUUCUCUCUGGCUAUGAAUGUCCUAGAUGAUAUCAUCUUCCAGUAGAAAGCUGUUUCAUCUACAUUAAAAAUCUUUUGUUCAGUGUAGCCACCUUCAUGAAUGAUCAUAGCUGGAUCUUCAGGAGAACUUGCUGCAGCUUC